AUGCGCAGCUUCGCCCGCCUCUGCCUUUGCCAUCUGUGGCUCCAUGCGACGUCGGAUCCUUCUCCGACUCCGGAGCUGGAGCUGGAGUCGGAUGAGCCGGAGCAGAGCGAGCAGCGAUAUCGAGGGAUGAUCAUCGACGCGGGCUCCACCGGCUCGCGCGUGUGGAUUUUCGCAUGGUCACCUGGGCCGUGUCAACACGAUGCACUGCCCUCGAUGGUGACACCAACUGUUGUGGCCUCUUAUCAAGUGAAAGGUGGACUGUCAUCAGCAUCAGCCAAGUUAAACGACACUCUGACAGAGCUGCUGAACUUUGCAGAAGACAUCUUGAAGGAUAGGAAGGAGGACUGGCACCGCUUUCCCGUGUACCUCCUGGCCACUGCGGGCUUCCGACGCUUGCGUCCGGAACACCGAGAAAACGUGUUAAUGACUGUCAGACAUAUCCUGGGCGAGAGCCAUUUCCAUCUGGAACCAGACUUUGUUCGAAUUCUGAGUGGGGAAGAAGAGGGAGCUUAUGGCUGGCUGGCCGUCAACUCAGAAAUGGGAAGCUUAACGGAUCCCGGCACGGAUUCCGUUGGGGUUCUGGACUUGGGUGGGGCAUCCAUGCAGAUCACCUUCGUCCCUGAAGCAGAUCGGAGUGUGUUGCAGCACUCCUUCCCGCUGUUCCUGCAGGGCCGGCAGAGCAAUUUGUAUUCGGCCAGCUACCUACAAUUCGGCUUGCGGGAGGCCCAGCGUCUACUGCAACGACAGCUGAUUGGCAAAGCGCUGGUGGCAGAGACGACGGAAGUCUUGGAACAUCCGUGUCUUCCGCGUGGCAGCAACUCCACGGAACUCCUCAUCGGCGAUGCCGACGCGCAGGCGGAUGCCGCAGCGGCUGGGGCCAAUGCCUUUCCGCCACUGAGCGCCACGUGGCAUGGCAAGGGACAAUACGAUGAUUGCGUGGAGAAGCUCACGGAACUCUUUGAUAAGAAUGCACCCUGUUACUUGCCCGCGUGCACCUUCAAUGGCCGAUACCAACCAACUUUGGGCGCCCGACGUUUCGUGGCAUUUUCCGCCUUCAGUUGGGUGGUGGAUGUGCUGGGCUUGCCGGCAGAGACUACGGCGCUGGAGGAUAUUGAGAAUGCGGCGAGGUAUGUGUGCAAAAUGGAUUGGGCCCUCCUGCACGAACGCUGGCAGUUGGGCGAACAAGCCUUGCAAACUCUCUGUUUUUCUGCCGCAUAUGUGGUAGUGCUGCUUCAUCACGGCCUAGGUUUUGACAAGAAAAGUCAACAGAUCAUUUUCGUGCCGCAGGGCAACAUCAGCUGGGCGAAAGGAUGGUGUUUGACCUUUGCCACCUUUCUCUUGCUGACAGGGCAGAGCUGUUUUUCUGCCGUGCAACGAGCUGAUCUUCAGAAGCUCUCCAGGGGCAUCGAUCACCGCAGCCGAAUCUGCGGCUGGAGCGACGGCACCGCAGAUCUCACACUGCUGCAUUGGUGCAGUGCCAGGACGGAGCACGGCCUCGUCCUCAACUGGUCCUCGCCCAUCUGCGUGGAGCAAUGUCCACAGCGUGGCACCAGCGUCUUCUGCCCGGAGGGGCUGGAGGUGACAGAGGAAGAACUGCGGGAAGGUGGCCGCAGGUUGCUGGUGAGAACUGAGAAGCAAAUGCUCGCGCCUCUCAAGGUGAAUCUGGACACAAAGCCGUGGAUGGAGCGCUACUGCGUGCCCGCAGCUGACCAACCCUUUGAGAUUUGGAGACGUUGGACAACAUCAGGAGCUGUUGCCCAAGCUCUCGUAGUCCUGGAGCAGUUGUUGUCCCUGGCGUCGAUGCCGCGGCUGCUGCUGCUGGCGACGCUGUGGACCUUGGCGCUGAGCGUGGCGUAUCUGCGGUGCUUGCGGCAGUUUGCCCUGUUCUUCGUCCACGCAGCCAUGCUGACAACGGUCAUCCUCUGUCUGGCGGGUGGCCUGGGAUUUCUGGCGGUUUCCAAACCGGCGCUGCUGGCAGGCUACCCUGCGGCCUUGGAGAGCGUCCACGCUCUUGGUGCUUGGAUCCCUGCUGCUGUGGCUACCGGCAUAUCUGCGCUGUUCUUCGUGGCUGCUGUUUCCCUGAUAGGCUGCCUCUGCGCGCGGCGACGCUUGGACGUGGCUUCGGAUUGCAUCCGCGAGUCUUGUGCAGUGAUGUUGGCCAUGCCAUCACUGCUGCUGCUCCCCGUCCUCGACAGCCUGUGUUACCUGCUACUCUCGGCUGCCCUGCUGGUGUCCCUGCCACUGAUGCUGUCCACCACGGAGGUGUCCUCGGUAACGGUGUUGGGCAUCACAGGCGUUUUCCGACAGUUUCACUUGAGUGUGGCGGAUUAUGGGCGUCUGACCGCGCUGGUCUUCUCCUGUUUCUGGGUGCAGGAGGUCAUCGGUGCCGCUUGCACCCUGGCCACGGCCUACUCGGUGGCACUGUGGUACUUCGCGCCCGGCACUUGCGGCCGAGCCAAGGCCAAACACCUGCCAUGGGCGCCGGCUCUGCAAGGCCUGGUGGUUGCCUUCCUCUGGCACCUGGGCUCGCUGGCCAAAGGCGCCAGCGCCCUGGCGCUGCUGCGGCUGCUGCGCUGGCUGCUGUACCUGGCGCACGCCGCGGCGGCCGAGGAUGAUGCACAAGAUGCAAAGCGAAAGCGGCGGCGGUGUUGCCAAUGCUUCGCUGUCUUUUGCGAUGCGCUGCUCGCGACUCUGCAAACCUGGACAGAAUUCCUCAGUGCCCACGCAUAUGUGGACAUCGCUUUGAGCUCCCAAUCCUUUUCAGCUGCAGCCAGGGAGGCCUCCGAAAUCCUUGGGAGCCACAUGGCCUUGGUCUCCAUCCUUUCGCUGGUGUCGUGGUUCCUGCGACUGGUUGGAAGUUCCAUUCUGGCCGUCAUCGCUGGGUCAACUGCAUGGUUUGUGGCAGCAAGGAUGGUGCUAUCCGGUGGGAAUGGGGGCCCAAGGAGCUCAGAAUUUCCCAACCACAUGAGGCGUGAGUGGCUGAUGCCCGCGGCCAUGGAGAUUCAUCGACAGUUGGAGGUGUCUGGAUUUCCGACUCUACAGGAACAGCUGAUGCUGCUUCUGACGGAGCUGCAGGCCGUAAGCCCCGAAGUCCUGGGACUGUUGACAGCCGGACUGAUGCUCCUGGUGAAUCAAGCCGUCCUGGUCACUGUGGAAUGUACUGCUUGCACGGUUCUCUACUGCUUGCUUUGGGAUGGUUCAGAUGGUGUUCUGGAUGCGAGCCAUGUGCCCGAGUCCUUUUGGCGUUUCGCAAAAGAUCAAGGAAUCGUUGGCCGUCGCGCAGGGAAGGCCUUACAACAGAAGCCAUCACCUUAACACUGGCGCAAAAGCGCCCAAAGGGGACUGGGGUGUUCCAAUCUUAAGG